UUUAUACAUAUGUAUAGCGCCUAUGAUAGAAAGCAACAUGUAAACAAGAACGGACAGGCAUGAACAGUUUUUCAGGAGUCGUGGUUAAAUGUGCCCAAUUUCCUGGACCAGCCAACCUCAAUAUAUUUAAGUCCGAGAUGGUCGAGGUUCUACGUGAGGCCCUGCAGAUGCAUAGGAGGUCUGACAUGAAGAGAAUAAUGGAUACCGUUAGAAGAAACCCCAAAGUUUAUCUUGAAAGUGACGAUGAUGUCGGGAAUGCGCUAAAAGAAGAAGGUUCAGACUCUAGGACUAAAGAGUAUGAAUCAGACGAGGGAGGAGAAGGUGGUCAAGUCAAUGUCAUUGGACAGGACAACUUCAAUACUGAUAACGAGGAGUUAUCAGUCGCGUUAUUGACAAUCGAGUACCUGUUUAUUAGUAUAAUACUUAAAAAUUCUACGUGAAACUAAAAAAUUUAUGUUUGUUAAAUAUAAUUUUCGUUUAAAGAGCAAGGACAUGACUGAAAG